AUGUCAGAGCAACAAUCGCGUCAACGUCGCCGCAAAGUGACAUUGGCAUGUGACCCUUGUCGGGAACGCAAGUCUCGCUGCGACGGGAUCAAGCCGAUCUGCUCCACCUGUCGAAGGCGGGCACUGGGGAUCGAACAGUGCGUCUACAGGGCUGGGAAUGCCCGUACAGAAUGCAGCGAUGAUUACACAAGAGCUCUACACGAUCGGAUUCGCGACCUGGAACGUCAGCUACAACAAGCUUCAGCAUUGAAUGGUCCAAUCCCGGACCCUCAUCCAGAUGGAUCCAGUAAUAGACGGACAUGGCCAGAAAACAUACCGGACACGGAGAGCCAAGCUGAGCUGGAUGCUCUCGUCAUGGGCAUAUCUCAUACCCAACUACUCACUCCAUUGUCUUCUACAACAACUGAAAGUAUUGAGAAUUCAAGCCAUGCAAGACGCGUCACUGCCAUGGGCACAACCACGUCCGAAGAGGACAUUGGACAUCACCGUGACACACGCGAAGGUUUCUACGGUUCUUCUUCAGCAGCCUCAUUCUUAAAAGAGACUUGUGGAACUGCGAUACCUACCUCAAAUGAUCGCCCAAACCCUCAAACUUGUCCUUCACAGUCUGCACAUCUCUUUGGCGAUGUCGACAAGUUUGCUCUUCCCCCACGCCGCCUCGCAGAUCACCUCGUGGAGAAAUAUUUUGAGGGCAUAUACUGGAUUUAUCCCGUAUUUGACAAACAAGCUUUUGAGCAUGGCUACAACUCGCUCUGGUUACCUAGCGGACAGACUGCAUAUCCAGAAGAGUAUCGAAACCUAGGAUUGGGUGAAGACGCCACCACUGUUGCCUUUUUCUCUUCCUUGAACGCCAUCUUCGCGUUGGGGUGCAUUUUCUCAAACCUCUCUACGGCAGCCAAGACAAAGGCUUAUGAAGUCUUCUUUAGCCGAGCCAAGGACAAAGUAAACCUUGAACUUCUAGACAUAAAUGAUCUAAGCGUUGUGCAAACUCUUGUGCUGGUUGCUUUAGUCUUGCAAGGUACUUCAUUUCCAGAUCGCUGCUGGAACACUACCGGUUUGGCUUGUCGAGUGGCACAGGGUUUGGGCCUGCACAGCUUGCCACCGUAUAAUCAGCAAGAGUCGCGAGUACAGCGCAUCAGACGACGGACAUGGCACGGCUGUAUUGUGCUAGAUACGCUGGUGAGCAUGACUUUCGGUCGGCCCACGAUGAUCACCAGUAUCUCCAGUCUUUCUUUGCCAGACAGGACCAUUUUCAACCUUCCGAAUACCGAUGAUAACGAGGAUAUUAAACUACAGUUCCAAAUAGAAACUGUCCGUCUAAGUAUCAUCCUAGAUAGCAUGUUAUCAAAAGUAUACAGGCCUUGGCAAUGCAAGGUGCCUCACGACGAUCAUGGUGCUGGUUCUCAGACAGAUAUGAGUAGUCAGAGUAUGGACGUCUUUGCUGAGCUACAAGGAAAGCUUCGGGCCUUCGAGCUUGGCCUCCCAAACUUUCUCUCCUGGCAUGAAUCUAGGGCUAGAGAUACAAUCCCGCCACACGAGGCUACAGUUCUCGCGAUUCAGAGAAACGUGUUACAGUCACGGUUUACGUAUCUACAGGUCAUGCUGUACCGCCCAAUCCUAAGUCAGCUCCUAGCUCUGAACACCUCUCAGGAUGCUAGUGACGAUUUACACUCAUCUUUCAAGCAUGAUGGCGCCAGAGCAUGUGUACGCUCUUCGAUACAGCUCAUCAGCUUAGUUCACGAAACCUUUCGCACAGAAACUGCUGAAGCAUGGUGGUGGAAUAGCCUAUAUGCUUGUACGGCCAGCCUGGUUCUUAUGACAUGUCGUCUCUGUCCCUCCUUAUGGGCUACACUGGAUCAGGCGAGCGUGAUUGAUGCGUCGAACAAAUGCCACUCUGUCUUGGAGGUCAUUUCGUCGUUCAGCUUGUCCAUUCGCAAGUCCUUUAACCUACUUGCCAAGAUGCACCAAACAAUAACAGGAAGGCAACAAGCGGAGGACCAAUCGACCGCAUACUCGCAAGACCAAAGACAUGGGCUGCUAGAUACACUCUUGGAAGGUGAUUUAUCUCUCCAGAGCGCUUUGACAACAUGUUUUCCUCUUGAUCCCGAUGCGAUAGUCUUUCCAUAUUGGGAAGCAGCAAACUUAGGAGGAUAG